AUGUCAGGCGCGGUGCAGAACAGCCGAGUGAUGAAAGCUCGGGGUGACGAAUCUAGAAGUGUCGAGGCCCUGAAGACGGUGAGCCGUAUCUGGGGCGGAGACAAGGUUCACUAUUACCAGUGGGCGUAUAGUGGAAUCAAUUUCUGUAACAAACUCUGUGCAGCGGCUCGCAAGGUGAGCGAUUGGGAAGAAGCUGUAGUGAAGUUAAACAGGUUGCUUCACAGACGAUCCCAGCAGCUUGGACGACGGCCAAUUAAGUACUCGGUUAACCCUAUCGAAUCGGAUGAUUUGAUAAACUUAAGGGCCUGGUCUCAUAAGGAUCCAUACGUCAAGAAAAAUGACUGUGAAAGAAUCAGUCUAGUUUUCAGCAAUCUGGCUGCCAGAGAUUUGCCGGCCGGGUUUGGUUUCGAUAAAUUCGGGCUGAUGGUACGAAGUGGACAGCAACAGUCGGGCGGCGAUCAGCCUUCGCGGGAGGAGAUGGAAAGCCGGAGUCCUUGGGAUGGCGGUGACUGGGUUCGAGACCGCCUGCGGGAAGGACACGGGAAUCUGGCGCGUUUGAGGACGGUGAUGCGCAUCUGGGGCGGAGACAAGGUUCAAUAUUACAAGUGGGCGCAUAGGGGAGAAGAUUUCUGCAAAAAGCUCUGCACAGCGGCCCGUCAGGUGAGCGACUGGGAUGAAGCUGUAGUGAAGUUGAACAGGUUGAUUCGCAGACGAGCUGAGCAAAUUGGGCGACGCAAGGUCAAGCAAUCGGUCGACCCGAUUGAUCCGGAUGAUUUAGUAAAUCUGAAAGCUUGGUCUCAUAAAGAUCCAUACGUCAAGAAGAACGAUCGCGAAGGAAUCGCGCUGUCUCUCAGAAAGCUGGCUGUCACAGAUCUGCCAGCCGGUUUUGGCUUCGACAAGUUCGGGCUGAUGGUGGAGAAGGAUGCUCGGCGAGGGGAGAAGAAAAGGCAGGGUCCUAGUAGCACAGAUGGACUGCGAUCGAAACGUGCUAGAAUCAUGGUCCGCCAGGAGAGAACUGAGAGCGAUCAAGAGGAGGACCUUGCCAGUGUUCUGCGCUGCAUGAAUGAAGAAUUUGCGGAGAAAGAGCGAUUGUCCCACAGCCAGGAAUGGAGUAUUCCUGUUUCUCUUGAGAAGAAGGUGUCCACCGUCCAGGAAUACUACAAUGCGUUCCAUGACGUGAGCACCCUGCCGAUACAUACCUGCACGAUCUGUUAUCUGAAGUAUGCUAGAGUGGAUCUGGGUGAGGUUGAUUGGGAUCGGUGGGUGGUUGGUAUCGUCGAGAAACGUGACGAUUCACCUUUUAGGUGCAGGCGGUGCUUUCUGCCGGGAAAGAAGAUCGUGGCUUGUUUUGAUUGUCUGAAGCACCUUGAAAGAGGUGCCUUGUCUCCUGCAGCCCAGUUGCAUACUAGGCUCGGGUGCGAACAUAUGUUUCCAGACGAGUUGAAGGGCCUUACGCCGAUCGAGGAAAAGCUUAUCGCGCUGAACUCCUGUUAUGGGUUCAUCACCAAGUACAGUCUAGCAGACUGGCACAGGCAGAGCGUGAGAUAUCCGAAGCAUGUUAAGGGCAACAUCACAGUCUUCCCCAACAACGUGCAAGAGCUAGUAAGAGAUGUCCUGCCUCACCCGCUAUUGAAGGUGCUGGAUGAGGUGCACGUGUCCUGGCAGGGUGUUGAGAAACCAGCACCGAGCGAUCUUUCAGCGCUUUUGUCGGUGCGGCGCCGCGUCGUGGAGAGGGCGCUGGUAUGGCUAAAGAGGUACAAUCCUCUAUAUGCCGAUAUCCAUAUCGACACGGCGGAAAUGGAUAGCUGGGGUACGGCCAUACAUGGCGUACCCUCUCAGAUCUACGAUCGUUUGGAACGGAACGAGCCGUCGGCGUCGGAGAAGGCGCGAACAGGGCCAGUUGUUCCACGGACAGAGCGUGGUCUGGAAGAGGACGGACCCGUUGAUAUCCGCGAAGUUCUAGCUAUGCUAGGCCAAGGAGACGAUAUUGUUGCAGAUCCAGCCGAGGCGAGUGAGCAGGCUAAUGCAGUUGGCGAAGAUGGAAAUGAGGAGCAGGCGGAGCUUGAGAGUGGUGCCGAUGUGAUCCACGAGACCAUCUCGUCCGGGAUGUUCGCUCUCGAUGAUCAGCCGGAUAUCAGGGAUGCGGAGAAGUUGCAGCAAGUUUACGACGCUCUGAGCCAGGAGGCUGUUCGCGACGACAAGGCGGGAAGUGAUUGGGCGGGGUCGGCCGAGUUGCGGCGUGGAUACACGUCCGAACCUUAUAUCGUUGUGUCCCGUUGCGAGGAAUUUGCCGAUUCCUUCGAUACGCGGUUCUUUGCAAAGGCAUUCCCGACGCUGUUCCCGGUCGGAAAUGGAGGCCCACGGCAAGCGGAGGAGAGCGUCGCGGACACGGCAGGGGACAGGGAAAUGGUCCUUGACGCGGACGCCACAGCUUGGGGUCUAGUGUCGUCCCGGAACAUGAGCCUAGAGACAUGGGCAGGCUUGGUUCUCCAGCGUCACGGCGGUCGCUUUGCGACACACCACGUCUUCAGCUUUCUCGUCUUUAACAUGGGCGUCAAGUCAAGGAACCGCCGGGUAAGCAUGCUAAGCGUGAGAAGGAAGAAUUUCCGCGAAGUGGAGCAUAUUGUUCGAUCGCUGACCGCAGAGAGGCUGGGGGAGGCCAGGGCUGAGUUGGAGGAAUCCGGGAAGACCGUCGACGAGGCAGUCAACAAGCUCUUAAGGAGCCUGUCUCUGUAUGGGUUUCGCCAGCCGAUGUCAAGGGAGAAUCGUUUAAGUAUGCGGCGGAAGAUCAAGGCUCUCAUAAUUCGGCACGGCAUUCCGGCCAUUUGGUUCACGCUGAACCCAAAUGAUAUCACGAACCCAGUCAAGCUCAGGCUCGCGGCACACCGCUUCCGGGACCCAGACGAGGCCGAGGCCUUCUUAACGAGUCUCGACCUGGCAUACAAACGGGCGAGGCUGGCGAUUUCGGACCCUCUCAGCUCGGCAAUUUUCUUCCACAGGGAGAUGGAGAUGUUCUUCAAGUACUAUGUGAGGACAGGGGAGGACUCGGUGUUCGGGCGUAUCAGUCAAUACUUUGGAGCUGUAGAGACCAACGAGCGCGGCGCGCUCCGCCUCCACGGCAUUCUCUGGCUUCAAGGGAACAUGCAUCUGAGCUCCAUCCUCAAAGAUGUGCAGGGGGAGGACCAGGCAACAUAUCGUGAUCGGGUGAUCCAGUACGUAGACAGUGUCUUCACGGAGGACCUCGACCAAGCGGCAUCCGCGGCAGUUCAGGCGGAGAGGUCUGUGACGUCAGAUAUAUCAUCGAUGUUGCAGAACAGCCACCAAUUUGCCGCAGCAUUCGACGAGGAGGCAAAUUUCUGCGCCGGGGCCACCCAGAUACACACCCACAGCCCGACUUGUGUCAAGUAUUCCAUUAAGAAACAAGGGAGGAAGAGUAACCUCUGUCGGUUCAAAGCGCCUUGGAGACUUGUUGAGAAGACUGCGUUUACGGAAGACGGAGUGUUGCGGAUUCAACGCAGGCACGAAUGGGUAAAUCGUUGGAACAAGGCGAUGGCUGUAGGGCUGCGGCACAACCAUGACAUAUCAUUCAUCGCGACCCAGUGUAAGACCUUGGCCAUAGUCUACUACGUGACGAACUAUGCAACCAAAGUGGAGGAUCCCGUAUGGAAGCGUGUGGCAGCUGCGGCGGACGCGGUUGUCGCGCAGGUUGCUAGCGAGGAUGACAGUCGUCAGAACAAGACGCGGCAGUUCUUGAUGAGGGUUGCGAACCGGAUAUUCACGGAGCGGCCCUUGUCGCAGGUAGAAGUCGUCGCCCAUUUGCUGGGCUACCCUACCGAGUUUGCAAACAAUGACGCAUGGACGUUUUUAAAUGCAUCUUCCCUCUACUGGCACAUCUUCCGACGGUGGAGCCACCUGCGAAGCGCGAGUGGUAUGGAGCAUGUGGACGAGCCUAUGGACGAGACGGUCCUUCUGGAGGAAGCUGGGGAGAGGGUCUCCUUUGUGCAGGCAUACCCGCACCGUGGCAGACUUCUGCAAGGCCAGUCGCUGUACGACUAUAUGUCCUUGGUCAAACUGAAGCGGAAGGGCAAGAGGGCAGCUACUUGGGGCGAGCUGGAGUUUGACAGUGUCUGGCCGCUCUCGCAGAUGUGGGUGCAGGCAUUGCAGAGGCCGGGUAGGCAUGCCGUCGUCUGUCUGGACGGCUACCUCUGCAUGGAUUUUGGCGAGGAAGAGGAGCUCUAUCACAGGAGGGCGGCCGUACAACAUCUGGCCAUCUUUGUCCCGUGGGAGUCGUUCUUGUCCGAGACGUCAGGCGAUAUCAAUACCAUUUGGGAGAGACAAAAACAGGGUCUGGCUCGCAGGGUGUCAUUCCUUGUAGACAACGUUCAACUACUCCGCCGGUCCGCCGAAGACGUGAAGCGAGAUGCCAGACAGUGGGCCGCCAUGUCCGGAGAGACAGAUCCUAUGGCUGACGUGACCGAGUCGGGCAUGGCUGAUGGCGAUGAUGAGCUGGGAAUAGGGUACCGGUCAGACAAUAUCGGCAAUGCAGCUCGCCUCAUUGACGUUUUCAGAAAUGCGGUGGGAAGUGGUCAGAUCACGACCGGAUCAAAGGAAAUCUCGACAAUGGUGCAGGAACUGUGCCGAUUUCAGCUAGCGUCCCUGUGCUCAACGGAUGAUCUGCGUGCCACGAUGGUUAUAGAGCGAGGACCAAGAACACUCGGCCUCCGAGGACACCCAUCUUCGGGGGCAGAGAUCCCGAGACAGGAACAGGUCAGGUCUAUUAAAUCGCAGCAAAUAAGCGCGUCCAAGGAGAGGGAGAGGAUGAUCCAGGGGGUGCAGAGCCUGGGCAGUAACAACACGACGGGUCACAGUAGAGCUGCGUACAGUGUCCUUCACGGCUUCGGCGAGGACGACAUCUCCAUAACGGCCGCAGACUCGGAGACUGUCGCCGGGGCCACAGGCCCGUCAACGAGCAUCCGGUUUGGGCCGGCCACCUCGUUUCUGGAGGCAGGGAGGCAGCUCGCCGUGUCCUUCACGCUCAACCAAAGACAGAGCAUUGCCCUCCGACUGAUAUGCCGUCAAUUGGACCGAGUGCGUCGCGAUGAGCGAGGUACCUCCCAGCUCUGCCAAUUUGUCGGAGGCGAAGGCGGCACUGGAAAGUCGCGGGUCAUCGAAGCUAUCGCCGCGCUGUUUGCAAGCAAAGGAAUAUCACAUCGUCUGCUGGUAACGGCGACAUCAGGCACCGCGGCGGCACAGGUCAAUGGUAUUACUAUCCACUCCGCGUGCAAUUUGUCCAAAGGCAUCUCGCGAACAAGUCUAUAUACGCACGUCGACGGGAUUCGUUCUUCCAGCUCGGGUGACCUGUAUAUCGAUGGCCAGGCCAGGAUGGACUGGCAGGAGAAAUGGCUGCUGAUCGUUGACGAGGUCAGCAUGCUUGGUGCGCGGACGUUACACGCCGCGAACGAGCAGCUGUGCAAGCUUCGGGGGUGCACGGAAGACUUUGGCGGGAUUCCCAUUGUUGUCUUCUGCGGCGACUUCCACCAGUUCCGCCCCGUUCAAGAGAGGUCGAUUCUCCUGCCAAGCGCUGCCAUUCCGUGGGACGAAGAGAGAACGUUCAGGAUGGAACAGAGAUACCAGCACGACAAGGCGCAUGCUCUGUGGAAGAAGUUUACCACCGUAGUUAUGUUGAAUGAACAAGUCCGUGCUGCUGGGGAUCCACGGCUGCGCGGGCUGCUAACGCGGAUCCGGGAAGGCAUACAAGACCAGACCGAUGUGGAUCUCUUGAACAGGACGUGUUAUCAGGAAGGCAGACGGAUCCCGUGGGAGUCGGGCAUUACAGUAGUAACGCCGCUGAACAAGAACCGAUGGAAUUUGAACGUCGAGGCUGUGUUGUCUUUUCAGAAGCAACGGCAGGCACCGAUGCGAAUCUUCAUUUCCGAGCACAAGUGGAAAGAUGGGCAACCUACAGAGGAGGAGGCUCUCAUGAUGAUGGGCUACGGUGACGACAGUGCGAUACCGGUUCCUGCGAUCUUCAUGUUCGUCCCUGGCAUGGCUGUCGUCGUGAACCAGAACACCCAUCAAGGCCUGAAAGUGGUCAACGGAUCGAGAUAUGUGGCAUUAGAUGUCAUUCUGGACAAGAAGUACCCAGGCUAUCGCAUUUCCCGUGAUACCACCCUCCACUUUGGCCCCCCGGCCGCAUGCCAACCGGAACCGUCCUUCUUGCACCCAUCAGCACAAAGAUAG